UCUCAUGGAGUGUACCUAGUUAUAUUCCAUCAGACUAUCCCAUCACAUAUGAGAUGGGGUAUCAUGUCUUAUUGUCUGACAACUGUACAAUGGCAGAAAGUACUAGUUUUAAUUUUCAAGCUUUUAAGUUCUUUAGUAGCCUCAGUACAUUUACUAACAUUACUGGUCUUAACAAAAGCACUUGCUAUAUUUUUGGUGUACGUGCAUAUACUGUUAAAGGGCAUGGGGACUGGAAACUUAUUACUAAUGAGACAUUGGAAUUUCCUUCUUUUCCAACAGUUACAAUCACAUAUACUAUAACUUCAACACCAGUUAUUACUACUACUGAUGGUAAUAUUGCUGUUAUUGCAAUGAGUGCACUUGGUGUCAUGCUUAUUAUAAUAACUUUCAGCAUUGUUAUCAUUAUCUGUUUAAUUAUUCGCAUUAAAUCUAUGUCUCGUAAAUGCGCAAGAUCUGAUGAUGAUAUUGCAAUGCAAGUAUGUGAGUUAUACAAGGCUAGAAUAAGUGAAGAGAACAUAGAUCAAGUCUAUGAUGAAUGUCAAAUGUCACCUGAUCCUAUUUAUGAGACGUUGACACAAUGACCUUCUUAAAAGUGUGUGCAUGAUCACUAUUUCGUCAUUCAUUCUGUCAUUAAUUUUAUUUAACAG